GAGAGAGAAGAUGGUGCUGCUCACGAUGAUCGCCCGGGUGGCCGACGGGCUCCCCCUCGCCGCCUCGAUGCAGGAGGACGAACAGUCUGGCCGGGACCUUCAGCAAUACCAGAGUCAAGCUAAGCAACUCUUUCGAAAGUUAAAUGAGCAGUCUCCCAAUAGAUGUACCUUGGAAGCUGGUGCCAUGACUUUUCACUACAUUAUUGAGCAGGGGGUGUGUUACUUGGUUUUGUGUGAAGCGGCCUUCCCGAAAAAGCUGGCUUUUGCCUACCUAGAAGACUUGCACUCGGAGUUUGAUGAACAGCAUGGGAAGAAGGUGCCGACCGUCUCGAGACCAUAUUCCUUUAUUGAGUUCGAUACCUACAUUCAGAAAACCAAGAAGCUCUACAUUGAUAGCCGUGCUCGAAGAAACCUGGGCUCCAUCAACACCGAAUUACAAGAUGUGCAGCGGAUCAUGGUGGCCAACAUCGAAGAAGUGUUGCAGCGGGGAGAAGCACUGUCAGCAUUGGAUUCAAAGGCUAACAAUUUGUCUAGUCUGUCCAAGAAAUACCGCCAGGAUGCGAAGUACUUGAACAUGCGUUCCACUUACGCCAAACUGGCAGCAGUAGCUGUGUUUUUCAUCAUGUUUAUAGUGUAUGUGCGAUUCUGGUGGCUGUGAAGUAUUGGAUCCAGUCGCCGGCAAAGGAGAAGAGAAGCUAGAAUCCAGCGGGUGUAUGUUUUCAGGAGGCUGAGCUCACAGAGACGUGUGUUAGAAUCCAAGCAGAACUUCUGUCUCUCAAGACUUUCCAAGAAAAGGUGUCCUGAAAGUGAAAGGCUACAUACACCUCAUUUUACGACGCUUAA